AUGCUCUUCUCCGCCCUUGCCCUCGUCCUCGGCCUCCUCCCCUCGGCCUUCGCCCAGUUCUCGCCGGCCUGCGCGGCGCAGUGCUCGCCCGUUGAGGCGUACCUUAACAACUGCGGCACCCUCCCUACCCCGGCCGAGGGCCUCGCCUGCAUCCGCGCCAUCUGCACCGCGACUACCCUGGAUGAGUGCGUCGCCUGCUCGGCCCCCGCCACCGGCUUCCCUCCCGAGCAGUACUACGGCAUGUUCGGAUGCCCCGUGCCCACGCCCACCCCCAGCACGACUAGCACGCAGCCCAGCGCUACCUGCGGCCGUCCCGGCAAGGGUCACGGCAAAGGCCACGGUAAGGGCAAGGGCAAGGGCCAUGGCAAGCACGGCGACGGUGACGACAGCGAGGACGAGGACUAA